CACAAGCCUCAGAUCGGCAGAUUAGUAGUUGGGUGGGUGACCACCAGCGAAUACCUGCUGUUGUAUGUUUUUUGUUGUUUUUUUAUUUUAUCUUUCAUUUGAUAUAAUAUUUAAUACGUAGUGGAGUUCUGGGUUGCGUCCUUUUGCUCACCUGUGGCCGAAUUGCCCGUUUCUUGCUUGAUGCAUCAUUGAUCCGUCAUCGUACGGAUAAUUGAGUAAACAAGAAGACUAGGAUGUGUUGUGAAGUGAAUACAGAAUUUCAUGAUACUCAUUGAUUUUGACGUUUGCACGUGCCUUCCUCGAGUGUUGUCAUUUCGAUUCAAGAUGGCAGGUGCUAACCUCCUCUUCACAGACACGUUCAAAAUCCAAGCCCAUGCCAUGUUUCUCGACACCUCGUUCAACUCUCUGAAAACUGUUCUCUCAAAUGUCUACUCGGCAUUCAUCGAAUCAGCGACCAAGAUGUGGACUUAUGCAAAAUGCCUGCCAGCUGGGAAACAACCAGGAACUCAGUUAAUUCUCAAAACAAUCCGCGACUUGAUUGAGUUAGCUUUCGUAUUGAUGAAGAGCAAAGGAAAGAACAAGAAAAACGUGGGAUAUAAGUUUGCACUGAGCAAAAUGCAGGUGGAGUGCAAUGAAUGCAUUCUUCAGCAUCUUGAAGAAGCGACAGAGUAAGUACGGGAAGGUAUUGGAAUGGUUGGAUGGCAAGAUGAGGCUGUUCAGAGCUAGGGAGGCGGAGACGUGCCAAAGGAUGCAGGGCGUUGUGCGGACAA